UCUGUGUGAGAGGUUGUUUGUGUGUAUUUGUGUUCAGUCUACGACACCCUCUGACGUCUACUCUUGACGUUAAGAGCCCUGGCUCCUGUAAUGGAUGCCCCAGUCAGAAAGGCCCUGUGAAAUCAUUUAUCCCCAACCCCAGCCCCAGCCUGACCUUGUGCCUUUUGGAAGAUGAGGAAGGGAGGGCAAAUGUGAAACUCACUUUGGGUUGGUGUAAUUAAAUAAAUAAUGGCUGACCCCAUGACGUCACGCUGUCGCUGAACUUGAGCCGUUCUGUUUUACAGUGAGGCCGAGGGUUCACCCAGAAGAUACAAAAGACACUCUUCAUUCACGGAACAAAGUAUCAAAGAUGCUGGUUUCUGCUCGUGGCUGACUAACACCUUUACCAUGAAGGACAACGAGAUGCAGGAGAAAUGUGGAGAGGAUGCCAUCCACUACUUAAGUUUCCAACGUCACCUCAUCGUCCUGCUGGUAGCAUUAAGUGUCAUGUCUGUGGCCAUCAUUUUACCCGUGAACCUCUCUGGCAGUUUGCUGGACCAAGAUCCCCAAAGUUUUGGAAGAACAACAAUAGGGAACAUGAAGACCAAGAAUAACUUUCUGUGGCUUCACACCAUUUUUGGUGUGAUCUAUCUGCUCCUCACCAUCUUAGUCCUGAGGCACCACACUUCCAGUUUGCAGGACAGAGAGGAUGAUGUGGUGAAGUCCACUUUAUUUAUAAGCAGAAUUCCCGAGGAGGCUAGUGAGGAGAUCAUCGCUGGACAUUUCCGUGAAGCCUACCCUACAUGCACAGUCCUGGAGGUUCAACUCUGUUACAAUGUGGCUAAACUAACAGAACUGGAUGCUGAGUGGAGGAAGGCGGAACGUGGGCGGAGAUACUACACCAAGCUGCUCCAGAGUGAGGGGAAGCGAGUCACCAUCAACCUGCGGCCCUGUGGUCACCUCUGCUGCUGCAGCUUCAGAGGAUGUGAGCAGGUGGAUGCAGUGGAGUAUUACACAAAACUCGAGGAUGAAAUGAUGAGUGAGUACACUCGGGAGAAGGAGAGUUUAGACAGGAAAUCGCUCGGACUGGCCUUUGUUACCUUGCAGGACGAAGCCAUGGCGAUGCUUAUCCUAAGAGAUUUCAACACCUUCAGGUCCCAGGGCUGUAAGUGUCGAGGAGAAAUGCAGUCUUCAUGUUACAGCCAUAACCUCGGAGUUUCCAAGUGGAAUGUGGCCUAUGCUCCAGAUCCCAAGAAUAUUUACUGGGAAAACAUCUCCAUCCAGGGAAUUCGCUGGUGGAGCCGCUGCAUCAUAGUCAACUUCCUCCUGUUUAUUUUGCUGUUUUUUCUCACCACUCCGUCCAUCGUGCUGUCCACCGUUGACAAGUUCAACGUCACUCGACCCAUCUACUACCUCAACGAUCCUGUCAUCAGCCAAUUCUUCCCCACACUCCUGCUGUGGGCCUUCAGUGCUCUCCUCCCAACCAUUGUCUACUACUCAACCAUAUUUGAGGGCCACUGGACAAGGUCUUCAGAAAACCGUGUCACAAUGCACAAACUCUACAGCUUCCUCAUUAUCAUGGUACUCAUACUGCCUUCUCUGGGUCUCACUAGUCUCGAUGUCUUCUUUCGAUGGCUAUUUGACAAGAGUUUCCUGGAGCGAGCCAGAAUUAGAUUUGAGUGUGUGUUCCUUCCUGACCAAGGUGCCUUCUUUGUGAACUACGUUAUCGCAUCAGCCUUUGUGGGGAACUCCAUGGCUCUGUUACGCCUCCCCAGCCUGCUGCUGUACUCCCUGCGGAUGCUGGUGGCCAGAUCUGCAGCAGAGAGGAAAGUAGUCAAGCAGAAUCAAGCAUAUGAGUUUGAGUUUGGAGUGAAUUACGCUUGGAUGCUGUGUGUCUUCACGGUGGUGGUAGCUUACAGCAUCACCUGUCCCACGAUCGUUCCCUUUGGUUUGAUCUACAUCCUACUGAAGCACUUUGUGGACAGGUACAACUUGUACUAUGCCUACCUACCUGCCAAACUCAACCGGAGGAUCCACGCUGCUGCUGUCAAUCAAACUCUGGCAGCCCCCAUCAUCUGCUUGUUCUGGCUGCUGUUCUUCUCUGUACUGCGAGGAGGAUUAUCUGCAGCAACAUCGAUCUUCACCCUGACUGUGGUGCUGACCACCAUUGCUGUCUGCAUUAUUUCCAGUUGCUUUGGCUACUUCAAGUACUUCACUGUCAACAUGAUGGGUAAGAAAUUGGCAACUGAGAAAACAGAAGCAGAAACUGCAGCCCCUGCCUGGCGAUCGGAGGCUUAUCUCCCAAGAGUCCUACGUGAACCCAGGUCUGAAAACAGCCAGCUGGAGUACCACGACCAGCCAUCCUAUGGUGCCUUGGAAGAUAGCAAUCAGCUAAUAGAGGACAGAUCUCCUCUUCCAGACAACGGUCAAGAUAAUGAUCAAGUAUAUUUAGUGGAUACAGGAGCUACUGAGAUCUAGAAAUCUAGAUGAUUUUGAACUAGUCACCAUGUGGUACUGUUACAGUUCUAUGGGAGCACAAGAGGAAUGAAUAUUGUUUAACAGCUCAUUUACUUGCAUUCGACCUCUUAAUAGCCCUUCUGAAUAGGGAAUUUUGAUUUUGCUAAUUUGAGUGUUUUUUUUGGAAGAGAUGUUUGGUUACAUCAGAUCUUCAUGUGGCAACAUAGGAAUGGAUUGUCUUGACGACUGAUCUCGAUCGGAGCUGGACUCUAAAUGUUAACUCUUUCUCCAGCAAUUUCUUUUCAGUUCUCAGUCUGCACUUUGAUUGUGGUUUUAGAACACCUUUCUUGUUGAGCUUUGAGGCACUUGAGCUUUACAGUACAGUAACCACCGCCUUCUGCACGAAAGGGUGUUUGACAGAUAAUUGCCACAAUCAUGAUGUGGUCUAGUUUAACUUAAGACUCAAGCUUCGAACUAACAGCCUUUGAGUCUAGAUUUUUAUUCUAAAAUUGUACUUGAAAAAGAAUUUUACUAGUUGAAUUUACACUUUCUAUACACUCAAAUGAAGCUCAAAAGUUUAUUGAGCACCUUGCCUUUUCAUUCUAUACUCUGGUAGGUAAUGACACGUGCUAUGCAUUAGAACAGGUUUCUCCACCUCUCCUGCAGGUAACCUACUUUUACUUGGGCUGAGGAAAGGAAUGGAACAUUACCUCACAGGCUACUCUUCUUUGAAAAACUAUGAAGCUGUUGUCAGCUCAACAUAAAGGCUGUCACUGACGUACAUAAAAUGGAAAAGUGGUUACAAGACACAGCAAGAGGAGAAAAUGGCAUACUGACAUUUUUAAAGCUCCUCGGUGCUAAAAUCAUGAAUAGCACAUUAUUAUGUGCUGAGGUGAGGCCAAGACUGAAAAAUUAUAUGGAUAUUGCCAAUGGUAAAACAGACUAAGGCUAUUGCAGUGGCAUCAGCACAAGAAGCAAGAUAGAAACAAAGGCGAUGUUUCAAAGCAAAAGAUGUUGCUUUACAAUUUGAAUACCUUUGUGGUGAUUUCAGCCCUGUCCUCCAAGCAGCAGCUUAAUCAGCUGAGACACCAAAAUCCAUCAACACCCAAUAUAUGGGUAUAAUAGUAUAGGAGGAAGUGAGGACUGGAGAUCAGAGUAGAGUGUGGGGUGCUGGAAAAGCACAAAGUCAGGCAGCAUCCAAGGAGCAGGAGAAUCGAUAUUUCAGGCAUAAGCCCUAUAUCACAGGAGGACUGCCAUUCAAUCAUGCUUGAGCUGGUAAGUUUAGUCUCACAAUCUACCUUUACCCAUUAUAACAUGCAAAUUCAGAGCAAGAGGAGUAGGCCAUUCAGCCCCUUGAGCCUGCUCUGUCAUUCAAUAAGAUAGUGGCUGAUACGAUGACAGGUAAUGUCAAGAGCUGUCAUUCUCACCUUAAGAUUGCACUCGACAGUGUGGCAUCAAGGAACCUGGGCAAAACUGGAGUUAGUGGCUAUCAGGGCACAACCUCUCCAGUGGUUCGAGUCAUACCUGGCACAUAGGAAGUGGGUUAUGGUUGGAGGUUGAAUGACACCAUAUCCACAAACAUCCACCCCUCCACCACUGACACUCAGUAGCAACAGUGUACACUGCCAGGUGGACAGCA